AUGCAGCGCCUGCUCCAAGAGCGCGCCCCCCGCCAGGCGCCCGCCGUCUGGUUCGUCGACGGCAGGCUUCACAUUCGCAAUCAGGACAUCAAAAAACAAAAAGGAGCAAAAACUGGAAACUACACCACAAUUUGCUUUAGCAAACCACGCAAUGACUGGACUAAUAGUGGUCAUGUUUUUUAUAUUUAA